UCCGUCUCUCCAGCCCCCGCCCGGCACCGCGCACGCGCUAAAUGGCGGCGCCCCGAUUCCUUCUCUGCGCGGGGGGGGGGCCCCGCGCGGCCUGCAGCGCCCGGGCCUGGUACCAGCAGCCCCUGAGGCCGGGGGGCCCUGGGAGGCAGGCGGCCGGUGGCCCGGGCAGAGGCAGCAUCGUGGGGCAAGCCGGGGGGCCGUGGAGCCGGCAGGAGGCGCUGGGGCUGCUGGAGGCAGCGGUUGUGUACCGGGAAGGGCCACUGGUGGCCAUCAGCAAGCCCCCGGGCCUGGCUGUGACCGGCAGUCCAGGGCAGCUGAGUGUGAUUUCGCUGCUCCCAGAUCUGAGCCAGAGGCUGAGCCUUCCCCAUGAGCUCCACGUGGUCAAAGCAGCCGGGAAGGACAGCUCUGGCCUCGUGCUUCUCUCCGGCUGCCCUGGCACCACGCGGCAGCUCCAUGCAUUCUUCACGCAGCUCCGGAGAGCAGGGCGCCCCCCCGCCACUUACCGUGCUGUCACAGCCGGGGUCCCAGCUGCCGUGGAGGGGGAAAUCCACACAGGAUUGAAGCUGGAGCAGGUUGGGGACCUGCAGCUGGUGGUGCCGGUGGCUGGCCCGUCCCGCCGCAGCGUGGAGAGGAAGGAGGUGAAGCAAACCCUGACCCACUACAGGGUGCUGGGCACGGCUCCGGGCUGCAGCCUGGUGCAGCUCCAGCCCAUGACAGCCUUUCCCAGCCAGCUCCUGGUGCACCUGACGCUGCUGCUGUGUCCUGCGCUGGGCGACCACGUGUACUCUGCCCGUGUGGGCAGAGUCCUGGGGGAGCCCUUCCUGCUGCCUGCGGGGAGCGCUGUGCCCCACACACAGGUCCUGGGCGAGCAGCUGCUCCGCAGGCUGCGCCUCACUCAGGAGCUGCUGCAUCGCCUGCCACUGCAUCUCCACCUGUACCAGCUGCUCCUCCCGACAGCUAGUCUCACCGCGCCGCCCCCACCCUUCUUCCUCCAGACGCUCCGUCUGCUGGGACUCCCUGGGAGCCAGAGUGUGCCGUGAUGGGGCGCGCCCUGGCCCAAAUGGCCACUGAACAAGAGGCGGGCCCAGCUCUGUGGGGGAGAGGGCGUUUCCCAACCGGGAAAGGAGCAGAACUCACCCCGGGGAUGCUGCUAGGCUCGGGUCUCCUCUGCAUCCCCGCCGGUGGGACUCCCCGCAGGGAUGGUCUCUUGGAAGGCCGAAUAGCCGUGAACAUGCACCCUUCCCCCUCUUCCUGGAAGGCUCUGUGCAGGACGCUGCUCCGGACUCCUCCCUCUCGGUGGGGGGGCGCAGCAGGACAGCCCCCCGGUGCCCCAGCUAGUCUGUGCGCUGGGCUCUGUGCCACCAACAGGCUGGUUCUCGGGUUUAGCCGCUCUGAUCUUUAUAUGACCAAACAGUGGCGUGCUGGCAGGGGUGUGGGGGGCACUGAUCCUUCUGCCUCUCGGGACCUUUCCUGCUUUUCUCCUGGUUACCAUAUCCCAGACUUGCCAAACGGUGGGUUGGGGUCUUGUCUCGUAGCUCCCUCUGGCUCUGUCAGCCACACCUGUGCAGGGGCCUUUGGCCUCCCUGGCCCACCCCCCGUCCCACUCUGUCUCCUUGCUGAGCUGCCUGUGUCAUGGGUGAUCAGGGUCGGGUGCUCCCCAGCGGCUGGGAUUGGCAGCCCCUCCUUGGAGGAAGGACCCUCACGGCUGCCCCCCAUCUGCAACUCACACCAAACCAGUGUGUCCCCAGCCACGCCCCUGCGGUUCCCUGCUGCUAGGGGGGCUGGGCUUACUAGUCAGCUGGCUGAGCAGAGCGGUGCCUCUGGGGCGCUCCCUGCAGCGAGCUUGGGGCUGGCCCGGCUGGGUACGGGCACAGCAUAGCCCAUCUCCCGCUGGCGCUCCACGCAGCGACAGCACCUCACCCCACGCUCUGCGGAGGGGUGUCUUCGAGCAGCUUUAACGCCCUGCGUGUGUCGGCAACAGCUCCUGGGUGGGCGGGGCGACAGCCCGGAGGGAAGGCUCUCUGAGGUGCAGGCCCCCAUCAGCCCCAGACCAGCAGGUUUCACAGGGGGAGAUGGCAGCAGUGAGCAUGUCCCAGAAGCCCUUGCACUGGCUGCCACUAGAAAUAAGCUGUUGCAAGGAGCUGCCAGCCUGCGAAGGAGUCGUGAGCAGUCGCAGUUAAUUUCCCCCUGCUUAUGUGUGAGGCUGUCCUGUGGGGCAGGGGUGGGGGGGUGCAGCAGUAACCCCUCCCAGGCCCACUUCAGCUCAACCUGCAGGGGAGCAGGGCCCAGCUUCCAGGUGAACCCUGACGGGCUGCUGGAGGCCAUGGCCCUGCAGGCCUCUUCCUGGCCAGAGAGCAGAAGCCACUUGGAGAGGCAGCUUCUCUGGCCCUGCCUGUGAGCAUGGCCUUCAAGGGCUUCUCCCAAGAGGGCAGACCCCCUUGUGCCAUGUUCAUGGCCACAGUGUCCUGCUGCUGGAGGCAUUAGAGCAACAGGGCCAGUACAUUAGAACUAGGGUAUUUUCUGUGUUUUAAACGUGUACAUGCCUAGACUGCAUCCAAACCACGGCCAAUCCUCCCAGGCAAGGGCAAAUGCAGCUGUCGGGGGGCUCUGGUUUUCUGGUGUAUGCACUCCCAGUGUACCUCCUGGGGAGAUUUGGGGGAAUCCAUGUACAAAACAUGAUCAUUGGACAGCUCUGUGUAGGUGGAGUUUGCCCUUGGCUGUCAGGGUGCCCCUUCCAGCCCAGGGAGAAGGGGGGCAGUGGUACUCCCAGGGACGGCUCUGCUAGAACAACAGGUACGCUAAGGAGGGUGUCUGCGCUGGGAACAGUCUGCAAGGAGUGGCUUGGAGCAGUUGAAUAUCCUCAGAAGCAGCUGAGGAGCCAGGUGUUGGAGGUGGGGUUUAUAAACACUGAGGGGCUCGCAGGCAGGGCUGCCUGUUCUGGUUACAUGUAUUCAUCACAUGACAGAAUCUUUAAUUAAAGCUUCAUCUUUAA